AUGGAGAAUCCAGCACCGACCUUAAACCAUCUAAAAAAUUCUUUGCCUGACCAACAUGGACCAUCACCAGGGACUUUAUUCAUUCGUUUAUCAGUUGCCUUAGAGAUUUUUACGAAACGUCUCGAGGAGCUUUUCUUCAAUUCCGAUAGACAACGACAAAACCAAACUUCCACAAAAGGUUUCUUUGAUUAUCCUGAUUUCGUAAUACACGCAAGAUCAGCUUGCGACAUGUAUAACUCUUUAUUCAAAAAAGAGAUCGGAAAUUGUCACGAUUGUCUGGGGGUUAUUGACCACUGGGUUGUGGGCGUUGAAGAUGAAUGGAAGAAAGGGUUGAAUGAAAUCAAAACAGAAAGUUAUCUUAUGCCGAAAUUCCUAUUGAGGGAGCCGACAAGAGAAACGCGUCAUGUUAAAUGGCAACAAGGUCUAUUGGACGAAAAGAGAGAAGAAUUUACAAGUGAAGAACACGAGAGUAUUGAGAAUAAAGGAAAGGAUGUGAGAUUAUUUGAAGAGAUGCGAAAAGAAUUAAAGAAGGGUACUGAAUAUAAAUUAUCAUUUGCUGAGAAUGCUGAAUUCGAGUUAGGUAAACCUCUUGUAGGCGAUGAUGAUUUAAACGAGGAUAGACGAGGUGGAUAUGUUAAAGAAGAGAUAGAUGAAGAAAUCGUAAAAGGUGUCGCCAGACCUACGGUUAUUGAUGACAGAGAUCCUAACUCGGCGGACUCUUUGUUCAAGGGUGGUAGUGCGAAAGAUGCACAAGCUGACAAUGUUACUUUGGAAAAUAGAGAUACCUCUUCCAUUGAUAACAUGAGCGCACCAUUUCAAGAUCAAUCGACUCGCUUUGCAGAGUCGGAUGGACUGCUCAAUGUUGCGGUUCCCGAUCGCGUUGGUUGCGAGCAAGAAUUGGAAAGAAUUGAAAGAAUCUCUAUAUACAGCGAAGUUCCAUCUCUCGAGAGUGGUUCAGGUUCGAUCCAGAGUCUCGAACAACCUGAAUCCUUGAUAGAAUAUGGGUUCAGACAAAUUACAGAGAUUAUUUCCAACGAACAAAUUUUCAAUGAAAUUGUAAACGAGACUGCCGAAGAACUUUUAUCCAACGCUGCUCUUCAAAUGGAAGAGGUAGAUAUCCAACAAGAUCAAGAGGAUCCUCGAUAUUUAUCGUUUUUCUUAGACCACGAACAAUCUGAAUUACUAUUGUCAGAAACAAAUCCUGAAAAUGAAGGUCAACAACUUGGUACGGUUAGAACUUGCCCGCGUGAAAUAAACACCGAGGAUGAAAAUGGAAUGUCUUCUGCAGAAAUACGAGAAGCCUGUGCUUUCGAGUGUUGUGAACAGAAAGAUUCAAAUGUAGAACAUUUUUCCCAUAGCGAAAAUAUGAUUUCCGAAAUUGUUCAGUCUGUGAAUUUAACACGUGAUUUCGACCAAGAAACGCACAGUUCAUCAUUUGAGACAUCCAACAUCGAAAGAGUGCAUCAUGGCGUCAACAUACAUCAAAAGGUCAAUAGCAAUAAAUUGGAUGAUCAAUUUAAUGGUGUUCAAUACCCAGCACAGAAUAUAUUAAAUACCGAUAGCCCACAAUCUCAGCAGUUAAUUUCCCACACAUUCCAUUGGAAGUACGGCGGGCGUGGUGUUCAUAUAGCAGGAAGCUUUGAUCCACCGUACAAACAUUGGGACCCAAUUCCAAUGAAUUACAACAAUGAUUCUGAUCUUCAUGAAAUUGUCUUGAACCUCCAUCAAAACUGGAAAUAUCUCUUUAAAUAUCUAGUCGAUGGGAAAUGGAUGAUAGAUCCUUCUAUUCCAAUUGAACAGGAUAAAACGGGACUUGGUAAUAACUUUGUAAUAAAGACAUUACCAGUUGUCGAAGCUGAGCCUCGAUGCACUCAUGUUACACCUUGCCCUUGCUACUUUAUGCCCAGAAAACUGCCUAGGUCAUUGCCUGGGUCUUCUAAUGGUAUUGACAAACCCGAGAGCUAUCUGAUUGAGGAAAAUUGUGCACACCAAUUUCGCUCUCAUGCUCAUCUUGUCUAUAAUGCGCUUCAGGAUGAAUUGGAUUCAAGGAGGUUUUUAUACGAAAUCGACAAGGUGCCACAUGUUUCCAAGAGUUCAACAGGAGAUUCAAAGAAAUGCGGUCAAAAGAAGAAAAAAUACGAGAAAAAAUUGCUGAGGCAUUCUCAAAAGAUCACAGAUGGAAGUCUAGCGACCAGGAAAGCUAACAUAAAACGGUUUCUAAAGAUCAUUGACCAUUGGAAAUAUGUUGUUAGUAACCUAGAAGAUUAUCUUUAG